UUUUUAGUACCGUACUGUACAAUAAUACAGUAAUCUUUGUAAAUCUUAGCUAAACAUAACCAUAAAUGAAUAAUUCUGAAAUCAUUAAAGCAAAUAAUGACAUAACAACAAUAAAACAUAAAAAACAUGGAAAAUUUAGUCGUUUCUUUUCACAUUUUAAACAUAAAUCACAUCAUGAUCAUGAAUUGAAAAUGAAAACAGUAACACCUUCACCUAUAUUACCAAUAUGUUCUAUGAAUCCUGAAUCAUUAGAGACUAUAUCAUCUAUAAAUCCUAAUUCACAUGGUUGUUCAACAAUUUCUAAUUGGUUUACUGGUAAAAAUAAAGAAAAUGUUCAUGAUAAACGAUCAAGUGUAAAACGGAGAAAAUAUGAAGAAAUUCAAGGAAAUGUAGUAUUUGAUCAAACAAGCAAUUCUGAUGUAUAUGAUAGAAUUUUAAAAAAUAGUAUAUUGGGUACGAGAUUAGUCAAAAAAGCUGUUAUAUGCAAUCGUCGAUCAGGUGCCAUAAAUGCUUAUGGACCAGAGGAUUUUACACCAUCUAUUGAACAAAUUAAUAAAUUUAUGAUAUUAGCACAGGCUGAACGAGCAGAUCGUGUAAUUAUAGAUAAACACUUUCAUGUAGCUAUGGAUUCUUGUUUAUAUAAAGAUGUAGAUGAUGAAACUGGUGUACUUCUAGCGGAUAUAAUUCAAUACUAUACAAGACCAAAUACAAAUGAAUAUAAUAUUGGUAAAUAUGAAUUAUCUGGUUUAUUAACAAAAAAUUCUUUAUUAAUUGCAAUCUAUGAAAUUGGUAACCGAACUAAUGAUGCAAAACAAUUAUUAAUUGAAAUGAGGGAUUAUUUUGAUGCUCAAGGAAUGUAAUUAAUUGUGUUUUUUCAAUUAUUUUGUUAAAUACUACUUUAAUCGUUUUCUUGACUAUUUAAUUACUUACUUAUGUCUGUUACUCCUAAUGGAGCAUAGGUCACCGGCCAGCAUUCUUCAACCCACUCUAUCCUGGGCCUUCUUUUCUAGCAUCAUUCAAUUCUUGUUCAUUUUUCUCAUGUUUAUCUGCAUUUCCCAGCGUAAUGUGUUCUUUCGUCUUCCUCUUCUCCUCUGGUCUUCAGAAUUCCAUGUGAGGGCUUGCCUUGUGACUCAGUUGGGUGCUUCCCUUAAUGUGUACGCUAACCAAAAAUAUAUAUAUAUAUAUAUUGUUUUCAGUAUUGAUUUUUAAUUAUCUUAAAUAAUUGGAGUUUGGUUAAUUGAUUAUUGAUUUCAUCAAUGGUUACAUUCUGCUAAUCAUAUUUAUUUUCUAUGCCUUAUUUUGCUUGCUUACAAUUGAACUUUCAAUGUUAGAAUGUUCAUUUUGUAUACAAUUAUCUGAUAUUGACUUUUAAAUGGAUUAUAUUUGGAAUUCGGUUAUUUUUUUUAAAGACAUGCUCCUUUUAUUUUAUACUGUACAUUGUGUGGAUAUACACAUAAUAAAAAUAUUCUAUGCACCCAAGAAUCUAUUGUUGAUGAUUGGAACAGGUAACUAUUAAUUCGUAGAUUUCAUUGAAUUAUUAUUUUUUUCUAGUUAGCGUUUUUUUCUUUAGUGAGUUAGUUUUCGACGAGAUGGGGUUGUUAACCCUAUACUCAACCCUCCUCCUCCUUUAUCUAGGCUUGGGACCGGCAGUAGCCCUAGAGGAUCUCCAGGCAGAGUUAGAUUUCAUGGAAUAUAUCAAAAUGAUUUAACUAUAGAAUAUUAGUAUUGUUGACUUGUGAUUUACUUCGUUGACUGUUGAGUGUGAAAAAUUCUUUUUAAUCAAGUACAUUCGGUCAAAUGAUUUGGUAGCAUUGAAUAUAUAAUCUUUUGACGAAGAAUAUUUAUUACAAAUGAAUGGUUUUGACUCAGUCAGUCAUCAACAACGUAGAAUUUCGUAUGUGCGUG